AACACCUCAGCGACCAAAGCAUCUUGUGUGUAUUUCUCUCUAUACUUUGCAACAAUCCCUUUGUUUUUCCAGUGUUGUCAGAGGUCUAAGCGAGGUGUGCGUGGAUUCGGCGGAGGAGGCCUACGCAGUGUACAGGACAUGCAGGGAAGCACAGGAGGCCAAUGAAGCGUUACGGAGCUGCUGUUCAAUACUCUUCACAUUGACGGUGGAGUGGAAAGUCCACGCGGGUGAGGUGGACUUGCAGGUAUGCCGCAGCAGACUGCAGCUGUUCAACCUGGUAGGAGGAGCCUGCAGGACAGACCCCACAGGGCUGACGUUAUUGGGGUGCUCUCCAGGGUCAACCCACUGUUGGCGGCCGUGGAUCAAACCCCAGGCCAAGUCACGCAAACACACCCGCUCUUGCCUUGCCUGCUACGUGACGCACUAACAGGAAGUAGCAGGACCACGCUCAUCUACUUCAUCCAACCCCAAGGUGACAUGGACGGCGAGACUCCGUCUGCUUUGUCCUUGGCCAAAAAAGUCCAGCGUCUGUCAACAAAGGCCGCGGCGUGCUGCUGGCGUCCUGGUGAAACCGAGCGAGAGAUCCGAGGCUGCGUUACGACGCUGAGGCGUGUGAUGAUGGCGGAGACAGGAAGUGAGGCGUGCGAGGAUACGCUCAGGCUGGCUGAGCUUGUACAAAACCUGCAGAUUGUCAAAGACCAGGCGUGGGAGCGGAGGAGGAAAGAAUCAGAGAGGAUUCAAUUUAAGCUCGGUCGCAGCAGAGAGAGUUGGGACACCGUGAAAGUCUUACAGGAAGAGCUGAGGCAGGAAAUGGAAGCUCUCAUCAAAGAAGACAGAGCGAGUGUAGAAAAAGUCCAGGAGCGAAUAACCAAGAUCCUGCAAGUGAGGGAAUGUCUCCGAGAGAAGAACACCGCUGCAAUUAAGUGUGACCUCUGCCUGCAACUGGAAGGGCACCACGCACCCGGGCGUAGGAGGCAAGUGAAGGAACUCGGCAGGAGAUUAAUUCAGCGGGAGGUGGAGAAGAUGGAGAAAGACUUGGCAAAGGAGCAGCUUCCAAGUCAUGGAGUGCAGAGAGAUCUGCUGGUGCUGAGCAGAGAGAGGCAGGUUCUGGUGCUGCAGAUGGAGACCCUCAGAGCUGAGGCCCAGCAGGCCCAGAAAGACCUGCAGGACCAGAAUGAAGUGCACCAAAGGGAGAUGCAGCACCUGAGGGAAGAAAGCCUGCAGGUGUUGAAGAGCUUCCAUGAGUCAAGCGAGGAUGUGAGGAGGAUGUCAGAGUUGAGAUACAGAAGUGUUCUCCUGGAGGCGGUGCAGGAUGCCGUCUAUCUGUCUGCUCAGAACCAGCAGCUGCAAGCUGACAACAAACAACUGCUUCACGCUCUGGGAGAGUUGAAGGACACGCUAACCAAGAGAAGUCUUCACAACUCUGCAUUUCCCCUAAAACAUGACUGACAUCACAUCAAUGACCAUAAACAUAUAUCAACAUUUUCAGACAUUUUAACUGGGCUGACACCCGCUUAUCAUUUUAAUGAACAUAUUUUUGGUUCCUUUAAUAGUUAAAACAAAUUUACAUUAUUGCAAUCAGUUGAUAAAACAUUGUCCUUUACAAUUAUAAAAGCCUUUUAAAAACAUGUACUACUCUGCUAGCAUGUCAGCAGACUGGGGUAGAUCCUGCUGAAAUCUAUGUAUUGAAUGAAUACACAAUCCUUUUGAAUCGGAAAAAUAUCGUUUUUGAAUAGAAAAUUGCAUUGAAUCGGAAAAAUCGAUAUAUUAUCAAAUUGUGACCACAAGAAUCGAUAUUGAAACGGAACUUGGGACACCCAAGGAUUCCCAGCCCUAAUUAUAUGUAUAUAUAUAUAUAUGUAUAUAUAUAUGUAUAUAUAUAUAUAUGUGUGCAUAUAUAUAUAUAUAUAUAUGUGUGUGUAUAUAU